AUGACAAAAUCUAAAUGGUGCAAGAUACAAGAAUUUAUGAUGGCUAUAAAAAAUAUGUUUUGGGGUAUAGCUCAUACCCCUAUAUAGAUUUCUAUAUCAAACAAAAUAUAACGGACUGUUUAACGAGUAAUACAGACUCUCUCAAAGAGAUAAGCUCAAUCUCUAUAUCAGAAAGUGCUAAAAAGUGACAUGUCAAAAUGGUGACAAGUGUGAAAAAAAUGUUGGCAAGUAAACGCUUCAAUUUCUAAAAUGGCUUUAUUAUUAAAUUAAUUUAAAACUUAAGAUACCCAAUUAGAAUGGAUUUGAUUAAUAACUAAAAAUUUUAUUUUAAAGUUCUUAUAAAUUAAUGAUAAUUAUAAUAAUAAAAUAUAUAAAUAAUAAAUGCUACAUAUAAAUUAUAAUAGAUUUAAUGAUUUUUGAUUAUUUGUUUUAUGUAUGGGAAAAUUGAUUUUAAAUACUAAACUCCCCCCCCCCCCUCCGUGAGCGAACAAAACCAUUAGAAAAAUCGCCAUUUUUUGACCAAAAACCCACCCUCCGUGAGUGAACAAAAAUUUUUUUAAUAGAAAAAAUUUUAAUGGAAAAAAAUUUUGAUAUAUAAGUGAUAAUUAGUAUAAUGAAAUCUAGAGCUAAUUCUGUUUAAUUUAAACAAAUUGCGUUUUAAAAACAUAAAUUUUGCAAAUUAAAUUAAUAUUUGCUUCCCAAUUUUUGCAAAUUAGGAUUUUUUUAAAUUUCGAAAAAAAAAUAUUUUUUAUAAAAUUUAUAUAUAAAUUUUUUUAAAAAAAAAAAUUAACCCCCCUCCGUGAGCGAACAAAAUUUUUUUGUUCGCUCACGGAGGGGGGGGGGGAGUAAAAGAAAAAUUCAAAAGUGAAACUCCCCAUUCAACUAUCAAAUGAGCUCAAAGAGUCAUUACUUUUAGUUGAGACAUCUCUUAUAAUCUCCAAUAAUUUUUGGAUUUAUGCUCGAUUCAAGAUGACGUCCAGUAAUGGAGAAAUAGAUUUGAAAUAAUACUUCGAGAAAAAUUCAAAAGUGGAACUCCCAAUUAAACCAUCAAAGAGUCUCCAAGAGUAAUUGCUUCAGCUGAGACAUCUCUCAAAAUCUGCAAUAAUUUUUGGACUUGUGGUUGAUUCAAGAUGGGGUCCAGUAUUUAUUAUAUUCAGUCUAAUUAGGUAUCUAAAAUUUAAUAAUAAAGCCAUUUUAAAAAUUGGCGGGUUUACUUGUCAACAUUUUUUUCACACUUGUCACCAUUUUUUGACAUGUAACUUUUUAGUACUUCCUGAUAUAGAGAUUGAGCUCAUCUCUUUGAGGGAGUCUGCUUUGCUCAUUCAAGAGUUCAGUAUAUUUUACUCGAUAAAGAAAUCUAUAAAAGGGUAAGAGCUAUACUGUUAUAACCGAGCACAAGGUUAGAAGUGGUAAUAUCUUUUCUCUUCUCGAUGAUGAUACAGAAGAAGCUUCUAAAACAAAGCCUGAGGCAAAAAAAGGAACUUUUAACUCUGAAAAGCAGACUGGCCAAGCUUCAAAGUCAGAAAUCCAUUCAAAGCAAGCUAAGGAUACCAAGAAAACCCCAUCCCAGCCAAAACCACAACAGCCGAUAGCUCCAAUUCCAGAUUCCAAAGAGUCCAAAACCAUAGAAAAGAGCAGGCGAGAAGCACCUAGUGAUGACAGAAAACAAAGACAAGCCUACCGAGGCAAAGAUGCCAAAAAGGAAGGCGCAGGUGGGCAUAAUUGGGGAAAGCCUACAGAUUUACCACAAGAAGAGCCUAAAGAAGAAGUUGAAGCCAAGCCUGAAGAUGAUGAUUAAUUAAUAAUUAAGGGUCUCUGAGGGUUUAGUUAAGCCCUCUUUCCGCGUUUACCGACUUCAGGCUAGCGCCCUAGGCAUCAGGUUGCACUCACGCCCUUUUUUGUCGACGUCACCAGCUCUCGGGAGACGCACCUAGGUACUUCCUUGGAUAAUCUCUAGUGGGCUGGACCUGGCCAAAACCCGGAGAUGGGAGGUGGCUGGAUACUUCUUUACCCUCCUUCUGGUCUCCAUUAUCUUUCGCUUCCAGAAGUGUGAGGUUGCCAUAUCGACUCUGGUCUCCUUGUCUCUGAGUCGGGGUAAAAAAAACCCUAUCUGGAGUCUGAUAGGGGUAAAAAAAAAACACAAAUUCCGAACUCCGUCACUCUGAGAACGUGCCAGGAGGUAGUGGGAGAAGGAAGGGCUAGAUAGUCAACCAUUUUAUUUGUUUUAAGCCAGAAGAUGAAGGCAAAAAGGAAGAAGUCACAGCAGAAGAAGCUGUUGAAGAGAAGCCAAAAGAAAACUUCAUCACUUUAGAUGAGUAUUUUGGCACUGCAAAGCAAGAGGAAGAAGAAAAAACUGAGGAAGCCCCAAAGGACGAGUAUUUGCGCUUUAGAAUUAACAAAGGAAUCCGGCGCAAGCAAGGCGGGUAUAAUAAAAAAGGCGAAGGAGAGCAAGAACAAGGAAAAGGAGAAAGAGGAGAGAGAAAAGAAAGAGGAGAAAGGGGAGAAAGGGGAGAAAGAGCUGAAAGAGGAGAAAAAAGGGAAUAUAAAGGACAAAGAAAAAAUGCUCCACCUCCUCCUAACUUCGCAGACGCAAAUGCUUUUCCUGCUUUGGCUUAA